AUGGCUAAGGUCCUUGAUUUACCGGCUAUUCCACCCUUUUCUGUGUCUGAAACGAGUUCGUUGGCACAACGUUGGGACAAAUGGACGAACUCGCUCGAUUACUACAUUCGUGCUUCGGGUAUAUCCGAUCAAAAGCAAAAGCGGGCCAUGUUAGAGUGUUUGUUAUUGUUGUGGAAACGAAGGGCACCGUGCGAAGGAUGUCCAAUGUCCUGCCCUUGACAAAACCUGCCGACGUUGUGGCAAGUCCGGUCAUUUUGCUAGGGUCUGUCGCCAAAAGACCAACAAACCGAAGCAAUACAGGGAGGAUGCUCGACAGCUUGAACAGUCUGACGAUGACUCUUCUGAGAACGAAUGUUUAUUUACUCUCACGGCUCAUAAUGUGCAUCAUCGCUCGGACAGCCUUCAUAUGUUGGAAAUUGAACACAUUCCAGUGCAAAUGCUUAUCGACUCGGGGGCUAGUGUUAACGUCCUUGAUCUCGAGACAUAUCAUCGUCUAAAAGCGCGAAAAGGAGUCCAGUUAAUGCCUUCUACCCUUCGUGUUUACGCAUACGGUUCUACGACCCCACUUAAUAUCCUGGGAACAGUCUCCGGUCGGGUAACAUUGUGA